GAGCGCCACAUGUCGCACUUAACGCAGAGUAUAGUGAGAUCAAGUGAGUUGACUGGGGGUGGACUAAUUUUUACUUGGUGUCGGAAUAUCCUGCAGACAAUUCAGUGCCUAGGGCGUUGAGGACUUGUAGCGUUUAGUGUGUGUCGAUGGCGAGAGCGCACGAGGGGGAGAAGACGGGCCACGGCGGAAGAAAUAUCCAUCGCUCGAAGCGCCCGAGAGAGGAGACGAGCUGGAGCUCACAGGCGAGUCAGGAGCUGCUGCGGCUGCGCUUCCAGACGCUGCGGACGCUGUUCGAUGACGCCGAGACGGUGGCGGACGUGCAUGAGGCGUGGGGAGUCGUAGCUGCUAGAUUGAAUGACAUGGAGGAGGUAGAGAUGGAACUGGACGCAGUCAAGUGCAGUAAUCAGCUCACGAGGCUGCGUCAGCAGUGGCAAGAGAGCAGCACAGCGCCGCUCCACGUUCUGAUGACCGAGUGCUUCAGCAAGACGCCGAUACAGUCCGAUAGGAGGAUUAACAGAGAAAUCGAGGAGACAAUAGUGCAGGACGAAGGUCCCCCAAUGAGGAAGAAGAUGGCGAAACAACAGACUGAGGUGGCGUCGCCUUCUACCCCGGCGACGGAGCUGGAGAGUCAAGCUGAGACUCCGUUGACCACUGAACCUACGCCGAUACCCAGCGAGGCUGUAUCUCCAGCGUCUUCGACUGGUUGUCAACACGAAGUCUCAUCCGAGCAGCCAGUUCCGCCCUCUCCCCAGCCUGUUGAGCAGGAAUUACCGUCGACUCGUCAAGUUGAAGUCCAAGAUGUUGAUGUGGAAGAAUUCCCCCGACAGGACGAGAUCAUGCGCGCUCUGGGGAAGCGAUCGGAGCAGCUCGAACGACUGGCUCAAUCUCAUCAACAUCUUGCUGACGCGACGCAGAAAUUAUUGGAGGCUCUACUCAAUCGAUAGGGCAGGACGUAAGCUUACAUGAUUGUACGAGUUGUACCAUAGAUAAGGCCAAUUCCAAUUGCAGGCUAAACUGGUGCCAAAUAGGACCUACAUAGCUGCAUCAAGUGAGGUUUAUCCGUAGUCAAUGCUAUUUUCACUUGAACGACUAUCACUCCGUGCGUUGCUGUC